AGGGAGAACGAAAAUUGUCCACUUAUUACCAAUUACUAUCACCGUACCGGGCCGGGCUCAAAAGUGAACAAGGACCGGGGCUCUCAACCGUGCGCGCAAUUAUUCUUCUCCUGAGAUUUGAUCACUGCCAUUUUCAACUCUUUAAGCUCCAUUUCCAUCAUUCACUCAUAAGCCAUGGCGGAAGCCGACGAACAACCACCGCCAUCGACGCCGUCCACGGCGUCGUCAACGGCCCCAAUUUACAUACAUCCACGAAGAGAGCCAUUCCAACACGGCCUUCUCCCAAUCUCUAAACUCAUCUUCACCGACGGCACUCAAACUCUUCUUCCAAUUCGAGAUAAGCUAUUAUCCCUAACCUCCGGCUCGGCUUACCGAGCCAAUUUCGAAGCAAUUGCCGAAGCACUUCAGAUCUCGCAUGAGCAUGCUCGCCUUGUACUUGAGACAAUUGCCUCCGUUCUCCACUCCGACUCUGAUCCAAUCGUCACCGCUAAGCCAUCGGAGAUCGGCUCCGUUGGCGUCAACGUGUUCGAUUUGGUGCUGUUUUUGCACAUUCAAAGUUAUAAAAGGCUGCUUCCUAAAGGACAUAAGGAUUCCGCUGCAGUAGCUGAUGUUUGGCCUUCUACAUCCGCCUUCGACGGCUUCUUAUCGGCUCUUUCGCCGUUGCAGCUCGUACGCAGCAAUAGUCGGCGGUUUAUGCCAUCACAAGCUGAUGAAGAGGCUCAUCAAUUAUCCUAUUUACAGAAACACUUGGGGAACAUUCUUUCACUUUUGGCAGAGUCAGUGGAAGGGGAUGGUGAAGAAUCACUGGUUUUGUCUAUGGAGAAAUUGGAGCAUCUGGGCUUCCUAAUCUAUUUUGGUGAAAAGGGAUAUGAGAGAAUCCCAUUGAGUCAGAAUGCCCCAUUUUUUGCCAAUUCAGAUCCAGAGAUGCCUGCUGUUCCUGUUCCGGCAGCUCAAGUACACGACUGGCUUCUAGAAAAUAUAGCAUCUGCUUUGGAACGAAUUACUGAGAGGGCUUCUGCAAAGGAAAAUGGACCAAGCACUGCCUCUGAUCAGGAUGUACCAAUGGCUGAUGUCGCUGCAAGUUCAGUGAAGAGUUCGUCAACUUCUAGAGGACCAAGUUUCAUUGAAGGAAUUUCCAAAUCAUCAUAUGUAAGGCUGCCAAAUGAUAUUAAAGGCUCCUCUGUAAAGGUUGUCAAUUGCCAUGAAUCAGUCAUUUAUAUUUUAGCUCCUUUGAAAUAUGCGACGGUAUAUGGAUGCUCUGAUGCAACUAUUGUCCUAGGAGCUGUGGGCAAGGCUGUCAGAAUUGAGCACUGUGAACGUGUACACGUGAUUGCAGCAGCAAAACGUAUUUGUAUUGCCAACUGUCGUGAAUGCAUAUUCUUCUUGGGAGUAAACCAGACACCGCUUCUUGUUGGUGAUAACCAUAAAUUGCAGGUGGCUCCAUACAAUACUUUUUACUCGCUACUGGAGGAACACCUGAAUCAAGUUGGUAUUGACCCAACCAUCAACAGAUGGGAUGCACCUGUAGCUCUUGGUGUCGUUGAUCCACAUGAUUCACUGUCACAUCCUGCUGGUGUAUCUGAUGUUCAAACUGAGUCUGCUAUCCCGGUAGACCUUGAUCAGUUCACUAGCUUUUUGAUUCCACACUGGUUUGAAGGGCAGCAAUCCGGGUCCACGAAAGAUAAUCCAUUCCCUUUACCGGAUGCUUAUUUGGCAUCCCAGCAGAGAAAUCACAAAAACUUGGAGGAGAAUAAGAGUAUGUUGAAGGACACUGAGCUUGACGAGACGCGGAAACGAGAAGUAGCAACUGCUCUCCAUGCGUGCUUUAAGGACUGGUUAUAUGCUUCAGGAAAUAUACGGCAACUAUACUGUCUUCAAGGUGAUUAGAAUUCUGCACGAUGUUUGAGCUGUGUAGCAAGGAAGGUAACCCUCCACUUCCAUUGUAGAUUUCAGUUUCAUCCACUGCAAGUUCCUCCCUGCCAUUUUUGUUGGUGCUGAAGGCAGCUGAGAGCUUGAUGCUAUUGCAAUAUCGUUCAGCUACUCAAGUCGCGCUUUUCAACUGUUGUGCAUUUUAUAACCAGAACGCGUCAGGACCAUGUUACUUUUGCAGGAGACUGCUCACUGCACUGUCUCGUACUACUAUGGAAGUCAAUAUGUUUAGGUUUCAAUUCCCCCUUUUUUCUUUAUUGGUUUUACUAGGUUCUGAACUUUAGCCAAAGGAUUGAUCUGUUAUUUAUUUGUUUGUUUGGGUUCCUGUAUACAAAUAAGAGAUGCAGAAGACCAUGCGGGGAAAAUUAGAGAACAGUUUUCCUGUUCAACGAAUGAUGAUGAGAAGCCAGCAUUUUGUAAAACUGGUGAUGUGUUUUGCCAUGCAGCUAAAGUUAACGCAGUUCUGCACCGUCUGGUCAUGUUGAA